UGCAGGGGAGACGAGCGGUCAGCGCGACCAUCAUCAUCAUCAUCAUCUCGAUUAGGGUGGUAAAAGCCGGUUAGCCGGAUAUAAGGGCCACUCGCGGUUUCUAAAUUACCGUGAAGUUUGUAGGUGUGAACCAACUUACAUGCGUUUAGCUGCUUUCGUUACCACGUAUGUAGGCUAAUCAAAUUCCUCUUUCCUGGAAUCUAGCUGCCAAGCAAUCCCUCUCUUUACUUUUUUCGUACACAGUUUAGAAUGGCAUCAAAUCACUAUGAGAUGAAAGUGCAUUUACAGACGUCGUCAUGUUCUUUAGAUAUUAGCCAAUUAUGUCGAUAGCAUAGUUAUUCACUGUUUUUCUGACCCUUAAAACUUUUUUUCAAAGUAUUUCCAAAACGCUCUGAAAAAAUCGUUCAAAUGUUACCAUAAACGAGGCAGCCAAGCGAGGUACAAGCCCCCUUAAGCGAUUUGUGAAAAAAAAAAACGCAUGAUACCCAGAAAUACAAAGCAAGUAAAAAAAGUAAUGACAUCGUUACGCUACCAUGGCAACUCCGAUGUCAUUGAAACAUGGAUCGUAGUAAAUUUGUAGCUAUGGUAAACUUUUUCAGAUAUAUUUGUUAAUGGCGACGUAGUAAAUGCUCAAACUUGGGAGGUAAGUAUCCCUCGAAAAAUCCAGUCAAGCCACCUUAACCUGAGAAAAGAAUUAAUCGCCUUUUUUUCAGCUUGCAAACCUGUUUCAUACUGAAAUUGGUAAAUUUGACGAUUAUUUAGCUCUUAUUAACCGAGCGGGAGGUCUGUAUGGGAGAAUCUUGACCUCGGUCGCCAGUACAGACCGAACGCAGUGAGGUCUGUACCAGCGACCGAGGUCAAGAUUCUCCCAUACAGACCGACCUAGCUCGGUUAAUAAGAUGUUUAUUAUAUGGCCAAACAAGAAAGCAAGGGAACAAAAACAUAAAUAAUUUUAUUUGGUUCCCUGCGCAGGCUCAAGUAUUUAGCUGGCUUUCUUCUGUCACUAGUCUCCAGUCCAAACGGGACUAAAAUAACUGUUCAAAGUCCAGCUUUGUGUACACUUUGUACAACACGAAAGCCGAGGAGGGUCUUCCGACUUCCAACAUCCAACCUCCAACUUCCGACUUCUGAUUUCCGACUUCCAACUUCCGUAGCAAUGAAAGGCGGUGAUAGGCCUACACGACUUUUACCUUAUGCUAAAAUGCUGCUUGUUCCAAAAACGUUUUUUUCCCUUCUGCUGGGUAGAUUACGCUCUAGAAGGUUCUGGUUAAGCCGCCUAUUUCACACUGAGAGGUCAUGGCAUACAUAUCGAUUUACUGUGGUUGUUGUUUCUGGUCGGCAGGAUAUUUGCCCUCUGAUGCAAGAGCAUGUUCUUUAAAGCUUUUUAUUACGGCCGAGUACUGGCUUUAAUUUCCUCCAAAGUGCCUUCUGGACCUGAAUAACUAUAUGACUGUUUUUAGUCCGUGAAUAUGCAAUGCUGUAUCACGCUGGGCCCAGCUCGUUAGUUUUCUUUGCAGGAUGUUAAAUUAUCACGGAUAGUCAUUUACAGAUCCAAAGUGAUAAGAAUGAAGUGCAGCUUAAAAUGAAGCUGCAUCAACUAUGGCGAAUGCAUUGCGACUCAGUAGAUUCCAGCUUAGUGUUUUUCUAAAGAAAAUGCGAUUCUUCAUCAGUUGCCUGACUGGCUCUGUGCUUAGUUGCCUUUAUAAGAGCAACUUUAGUUGUUUUCUUUUGUGGCUAGAACGGUACAGCCGUUCUUUCUACUGAGCCUUGACCUUGAGCAUUAAUACCCGCGUGGCUGAUCGAGCGGCAGUCGAGCCUGCCAGAGGAGUCAAGUCGGAAGUCGGAAGUUAGAAGCUUAAGUGGGAAGUCGGAAGUUGGAAAUCGGAAGUCAGAAGUCGGAAGACC